AUGGACGGGUGGGCGGGGCGAUUCUGUGACAAAGAUAUUUACGUGUGCUCCAGAGAGCAGCCGUGUCAGAAUGGGGCUACUUGCGUCUUGAAUGACUCUGGGGAUUAUAGCUGCUUAUGUCCUGAAGGCUUUCAUGGGCGGGACUGUGAACUGAAAACUGGGCCUUGCCAAAAGACUAAGUCCCCCUGCAAGAAUGGCGGCCUCUGUGAGGAUCUGGGUGGUUACGCUCCAGAACUGUCUUGUCGAUGCCUGGCUGGCUUCACGGGGCCCUGCUGCGAGACCAACAUGGAUGACUGCCUGAUGCGCCCCUGUGCCAACAGCGCCACCUGUUUGGAUGGUGUGAACCGUUUUUCCUGCCUGUGCCCUGCAGGUUUCACCGGCCGUUUCUGCACCAUCAACCUGGACGACUGCGCCAGCCAGCCCUGCCUCAACGGAGGACGCUGUAUAGAUCGAGUCUCGACCUUCCAGUGCUUCUGCUCUCCAGGUUACACUGGAAGAACUUGCGAGAUUCAAGUCUGGGAGUCGGAACCUCAAGCUGUGUCUCCGUUCAGGGGCGAAGGAGACCGAGUUACUCGGAGCAAACCUGCUCUAGUCAAUCGCUCCCACGGGACCACUCCUAGUGGAGAGGAGAGACGCUCAUUCAAAAUUUCAGUGGUGACUCAGCACGGGGCGGAAGGGCUGUCAGAGCUGCAGCUCAUCAUCCUGCUGGUGUUGGGGGGCAUGACUUUGGCCGUGGUGGCACUAACAGCUGGUCUGGUGCUGCGCGGACAUUGCCAGGACCGAUCGGCUCGCUGUCGGUGCAGACCUGCCCCCGCUCACCAUCGCGCAUUCCACCGAUGUCGGACAAACCCUGUGCCUGCGCAACAGGAAUGCAAGAUCAGUUUCCUCCAGUCUCCGGCUCCAGCCGAGCUUGAGAAGAAGAGGCUGAACACCGACAUCAUUUAGCUGCAGAGAUCAUGCAGCUGCUCUUGUUGAAGUAAAGGGCCACUUCUGACCUCUCAAAAGAUAAGACAGUACUGAUGAAUCUGAGAGUUGGUCGUUGAAAAAAGGUGGUUAUUAUUCAGAGUGAUUACACCGAAAUAAAGAACCAAUUAGUAGUUUAUUUUAAUCAGAGAUGCCACAAGUGAGGCAUGUACUGCGGAGGGAACAUUAGGUCAGGUAGAGUCGACAUGAAAUCAAUAGUGCUCGUACCUGGUCUUGGAAAAUUAUUCCAAAGAUAAGAAAGACUUUUUUGUGUAAUAUUUCAUCAAAAAUGUAAUAACUUGCUCUGCCACUGAAAAUCAUUUUGGCUGAUCUCACCAAGCAAUAUUUUUGAUGGAAACCCUGAACCACAGAUAGUCUAUUUCCUUCCCCCAAUUUUUUUCUCUUUAUUUUUGGUCUUUAACCUUUUUUUAUUCAAUAAAGGCAACACUUGUUAGCUUGCUAGCUAACAGUAAUCAUGUAAUAUCAACCUCAGCCACCAGAUGCCAAGAAAAUGUUUACAC